AUGGAGUCACCGACGGAAGGAGCAGCGGCGCCGCGGACGUCGACGAUCGGAGCAGGCAGCGAGGCGGGCACGCCCAUGGCUGCAGAGCGACGGCCUUCCGCGCAGCAGGAGGAGCGCGAGCGCGGCCGCGAGGAGUACCUGUCAGGGGUGCAGCGCCGCAUCGAGUCGUACGAGAACUGCGCUGCAGCCAUCACCGCGGCGACGACGUCCCUGCAGCAGCUCAGCGGCCACUUGGAAGCCAUGCAGCUGGCCGCGCAGCAGCUAAACGCCUUCACCGGCGGCUGGUUGGCAGUCUGGAAGCGACCUUCAGAUUAA